AUGGACGCUGGUGACGGGUCGACUGAUGCACUUCGAAGCUUCUCGAAGACAUCAGUACUAUUCGUAUCGAUCUCUUUCAUUAUUCUAAUGGUCAUCUCACUAGCAUGGCUUGUCUUCUACUAUGUGCAGCGCUUCCGAUACGCUCACGCUAAGGAUCGUCUACAACGACGGUUGUUCAAUGCCGCUCGAAAGGCCUUGAUGCGAAUUCCGACACGGUGUUUGAAGGUCGGCGAUCCGGAACUGGAUGUAGAUUGUGCCGUUUGCAUUGAUCCAUAUCAAGCAGGAGACGUCGUCAGGACCUUGCCAUGCCGGUAA